CGAGUCUGUUCUCACGCUGCUGGGAAGCGUCACGUGAAUCUUUUUUUUUUUUUUUUUUUGCAACAUGAACUGCCAAUUUCAUGAAUUUGGCGGACAGACACUGCACACGAAAUUUAUUCAAAUGUAACAUUAAUUUGAUAUUUCAAACUAUUAUUGAUACGGAUAUUUUCGUGGCGAUGGCAAAUAUUCCAGCAGCGGCAGCAAAUAACGGACUAACGGCAGAAAAAGCGGCGCGCAGCCCGAAGUGUGCCAGAUGUCGGAACCACGGCUUCAUCGUGCAGUUAAAAGGCCAUUCGGGAAAAUGUCAGUUCAAGCAGUGUUUGUGCUGGAAGUGCUCUCUAAUCAACGAGCGGACGAGAAUCCUCGCAUCUCAAAGACGGAUCAGAUCCGAGCGUCCCGAGCACACCGCUUUAUCCAGCAGAAAAACGGUCUCCGCGGGUAACAAUAAUUCAGCUAACGGGGAAAACGGUGAAACCGACACCAGCGCAAGAAAGCAGAGUACUAUUAUUAAACCUCCCGCUGACGAUUCAACGUACAUCGAGCUCCGCGCGCCUGUAAGCACGUGCGGUCCCGUUAGCGGCGUUAACUGUGAUCCCAAGACACCGGCGGGACCGAGCGCGCAGGACUGUGCCGCUGGAGAUGCACCACCUUUUCCUGGAGAGUACAUAAUUAAAGAGGCAGUUCCAGGGCAAAUAUAUCCAGCAGAAAUGUUCGCAAUGCCUCUUCCCCUGUACCAACAUUACCUGGACAGAUACAUGUUCCCGGCUGUGCUGGUGACCCUGAGACCACCUGCACCAGGAGCCUUCAGGGAACAUGUUGGAUUUGUUCCCUUGCCACCAGGGGCGCUGUCCCAUCCGCUGGACACUCCUGAAUGGCAAAUCCAUGUUCCGCAUUAUAGUCCGUACCCCACAUAUCCAGGGCUGAGAGAUGAACCUUCCCAGCAUUCACAGAGUCACAUGGAAGGAGAGCAAGGAAGAUCUGAGCUUCCUCCUCAAGUCGCAAGAAUCCCAGAAAGUCAAGUUUGCGGUAUCCAGCAAACAGAUGCUGUACCUGCCGACAGUCUUUCCUCAAGGAACACAGAUGAGACCAGAUGAUCUCACAUCUUUUGUACAUAGACAUGCAUUCAUUGUUUCCUUUUCAAAAACAGAAUAAGAGUUUUCCUUAUUCCUUUUCAAUUUCCAAUAGCGUGUACAAUGCAUGUUCAUUACUGUGACAAUGUUGUAUUCCUGAUUUUCAGAAGACACAGCUGAAAUCAAUGCUGUCUUUGUUCCAGUUAAAGGCAACAGUUUUAAAUUUCUUUUUACACUACAAUCAGUUUAUUACUGAAUCGAUUAUGGUAUCAGUCUUCAUUUGUUGUUGCAUUUGACAGGUUAGAAAGCUGAAUGCCUGUUGUUAGUACUCUUUUUGGGGCAGUAGUGAAAUUCAAGAUGUUAUUUUCCUAAAUUUGUUUUAUGAAUAAACAGUUCAAUUUUGAA